GAUAAUAUCAAAGAGAACACGUUAAUUUAAAUUGUUAGCAAAAUGGCACAUUGGUUUCAUCGUAAUGUGCUAAAAGCCACGACAAAUCAAAAAUUCGAAUUAAAAAUAACUGAUCCUACUGAUGCUACAAGAAAACUAUGCAGUGAUCUAAGAUUAUCAAGAAGUCGUCUUUUGGAGUUAAUAAAAAAUGCAAAUAAUUCAAGUGAUACUAUAGAACCAGCCUUUCAUAGCUAUUUAAGCUUAGUGUAUGGAUUUAUAUGGGAAAUAAAUUCUGCUGCAGAACAAUCUGAACAUGUUGGCAGACCUAAUCCUAGCAAACUUAGAAAUGUUAUCGUAUAUAAGUGGACACACACUUUAUUGGGAUCAAGUACCUAUUCUAGUGCUGAUUCUGUUUAUGAAGCAGCUAAUAUGAGCAUGAAUGUGGGACUUUGGUUCAUGAAACAUGCUGCAAUGAUUGCUGCCAAGGAUGAUAUAAAUAUGAAUGAAGCAAAAGAUGUACAUACUAUGCUAAGACGGGCUGCAGGAAUAUUUACUUUUGUACAAACAGAAUUUUUACCACAAUUGGCAAAUCCUCCACCAUUAGGAAGUGAUCUAGAUCCGAGAAUAAUAAAUGCAUAUGUGAAUCAAUGUACAGCGGAAGCACAGGAAGUGACAGUAGCCAGAGCAGUGGAACUAAAACAUAAUGCUAAUUUAAUAUCAGCACUAGCUAAUGAAACAAGUAAAUUAUUUCUGGAUGCUGCUAAUACUUUACGUCCAUUUAAAGCAGAGAUAUCAGCACAGUGGAUUAAAUAUCUAGAACUCAAAGCAGCAUUUUAUCAAUCCUAUGCUUAUAAUUAUUGUGGUGAAUAUUUAUUAUCUAUGGAUAAGUGUGGAGAAGCAAUUAAAGCCUUACAGGAAAGUGAAGCAUGUUUAAAAAAAGCAAAGACAUUAUGUCAGGAGUAUGGAAAAAUAAAUGGACCAGCACCUAGAGUAAAGCCAGAUCAACAUGCUGUAUUUAAACGCCUAACGCCUAUAGUAAAACUUACUCUUGAUAAAUGUAACCGUGAAAAUGGUUUAAUUUAUCAUCAUACAAUACCAGGGGAAGUUCCAACAUUGGAUACAAAAGCUACUUUUGGUUUAGUGAGUCCAAUUGAUUUUCAAAUGCAAUCGCAUCAUCCUAUAUGGAACUUGGAUGUAUAUAGAACAUUGUCUGGAUUAAACCCUGCUAAACUAGAAAAAGAACAAAAUUUACCUCCUGUUAAAGAAGAUCCAAUUCAUCAAACUACCAAAGAUCCAAAGAAUACAAGUGAAUGUUUAUUGCAAUAAAUUGUUUAAUGCAGAAAUACAGGUGGUAAAUUAAGUUUAGCACUUUUUUCAACACUGAAACAUACAAUGUUAUCAUAAAGUUAAUCUAUUAAUUUAUUUUUAAAAAUUCGCUUAUGCGUUUAGUAAAGUACAAGUUGACAAUAUAGUAUUCAACUACCAUUUAAAACUUAAUUGGUUUUGCUUAUGCAUUGAAUAUUACAUAUAUAUAACUAGUCUUAACUAAAAAUUCCUGCACGAACUAAGUUACAUAUUAACAUAAGCAAAAAUAUUUUCACAUCCACGAAAAGAAAUACAUCUUUAUAUAUUUCUAAUAUCUUUAUUUUAUUUUAAUAAUAUUAAUUAAUUAUAAUUUACAUUUGUGCAAUUUAAAAUACGAAAAUAUUAUACAUGUAAUAUAAUUGUCCCAUUUAUUUUUUAUAUUGAAUACAUAAGAUAUUCUUAUCAAUUUAUUUGUAUAAAAAAUUAGAUAUAUUAGAGAAAAUUUUUUCUUUUUUAAUUUUUAUAUCCUUAUACAAGCUAGUCAAUGUUCGGCAGGUUAUAGCAUAAUAAUAUAAUAACAAAAACUACGUUUCAUGGAAAUAUAAUUAAUAAAAAAAUAUAGCUGUUUUCCAUAAAAUAUUUUUUAUGAAAUCUAUUUUUCCAAAAAAGUAUCUUAUGUAUCUACAAUAUAGUAUUAAUAUUGUACAUAAAGAAAAAUACUUUGUGAAAUUAUGUUUUAUAUUUAUUAAAACUAUAUAGAAAAGUGCAA